GCGGAGGAGGCCGCGCGUGCGUCGGCCGCCGCCUACUCCCUGCCGGGAGGUGACCCAGACGCGAGGAACCCGGGCCGGGCAGGCGCCUGGGGGUGCUGCAGCCGCAGACCUUGCGGAUCCGGAGGAAGGGAGGGAUGCGGGGCGAGGGUGCGGCACAUCAAGAGUGAGAUCCUGGAGCGAAGCGUGGGGCUGCCGGGAUGGGAGACCUCGGAGCAGCGCCCGGGGCGGGCAGCACCGGCACUUAAGAGCCCGCCUCGACAUCGACCCCUCCCCCAGAAGUUCCCUCUUGGACGCUUUAUACCCCCAGAAAUCUUAAAAACAGCUCGGGAGUCACCUUUGGGCCGGGCCUUUGCACACUGUAACUGUGGUCAGGAUGACUCAGGAGGUGUGAUUGCCUAUAUCAGCUCUUCCAGCUCAGCCUCUAGCCCUGCCUCUUGCCACAGUGAGGGUUCUGAAAACAGUUUCCAGUCCUCCUCCUCUUCUGUUCCAUCUUCUCCAAAUAGCUCUAAUUCUGAUGUCAAUGGUAAUCACAAGAAUGGUGAUCUCUCCAAUAUAGAAGGCAUCCUGAAGAAUGAUCGAGUAGAUUGUUCUAUGAAGACAAGCAAGUCAAGUGUUCCUGGGAUGACAAAGAGUCAUAGUGGUGUGACAAAAUUCAGUGGCAUGGUCCUACUGUGUAAAGUCUGUGGGGACGUGGCGUCAGGAUUCCACUAUGGAGUUCAUGCUUGUGAAGGCUGUAAGGGUUUCUUUCGGAGAAGUAUUCAGCAAAACAUCCAGUACAAGAAGUGCCUGAAGAACGAAAACUGUUCCAUAAUGAGGAUGAAUCGGAACAGGUGUCAACAGUGUCGAUUCAAAAAGUGUCUGUCUGUGGGGAUGUCAAGAGAUGCUGUUCGAUUUGGUCGUAUUCCUAAGCGUGAGAAACAGAGGAUGCUAAUUGAAAUGCAAAGUGCGAUGAAGACCAUGAUGAACAGCCAGUUUAGUAGUCACUUGCAGAAUGAUACAUUAAUUGAACAUCAUGAACAGACAGCCUUACCUGCCCAAGAACAGCUUCGACCCAAGCCCCAGCUGGAGCAAGAAAACAUCAAAAGCUCGCCUUCUUCCUCUUCUGAUUUUGCAAAGGAAGAAGUGAUUGGCAUGGUGACCAGAGCGCACAAGGAUACU